UGCAUACAUAUGUUUAUCAUUCUUCGAUUUGCAAUCGCUCUGGAAACUCUGAAAACGUGCUGCUGCAGAUUUUGUGUGUUUAAUGUGCCUAAAAAACUGCUGCAUAUUUGAGUAAAACCAAUUUCUAUGGUUUAAAAAGUGAUUAAGAGACUUUGUUAUUUCAUCGGAGGGCAAGCUAAAAGAGAGUGUAGAAGAGCGUACCACAUCAAAGAAACCUGUAUGUGUGGGAGAGGAAAUGUACUCUGACAAUGACGAUGGGCACGAACAUUCCAAUGGAGCGCAGCGUAUCCGGAACGUGUUGACUCUGGAGGAGCGGGUGGCCGCCAUUCGGCAGUAUGACAUAGUGCCGAUGUACAGCAAGAUUGCGCGGAACUUCAAUUGCAGCUGGGAGCAGAUCAAGAGCAUAAUGUCCAACCGGGAGGCGAUCCUGGAGUUCCACGAGGCCACCAACCGCCUGAGCCAGCCGCCCAGUAAAGAUGCCGAGCUGCGCCGGCGCAAGCUGAACUUUCUGGGCCACUGCCUGUACGAAUAUAUCCAGAGGGCCCAGUUCUAUCUGCACAGCGAUAUCAACGAGGAGUUGAUCCGCAACCGGGCGAUCGAGUUCCGGGACCUCAUGCGACUCGACGGCUUUGUGCCGAACAAGCCGUGGAUCAAUCACUUCAAGGCGGCCUACAAUAUAACCCUGUCGAAUCGCCAGAUCACCAUAACCCGCCGACCGCCGCGAUCGAUGGACUUGAGAGACAUUAUGUCCUACUGUGGGCGACACACCUCCAUGGCCUGUAGUCUGGCGCCCAGAUCGCCGGAACCCUCGUCCACGACGAGCCUGGACGUCCAGAGGUUCGUCGACCGACCUCUGUACCGCACCAAGACCUUGGUCACCACGUCCACCCAGAACCAGGCCACCUCGGACGAAGUGCAGCUGCGACGCAAGCGGAAGAUCGCGUUCCUGGAGAAGUGCAUGUACGAGUACAUCCAGCGAUCCCAGCUGCACAACAAGGGUCGACUCGACAUCGACAACCUGCGGUCGGUGGCCAUUAGUCUGAGGGACAUCCUGAAGAUCGAGAGUUUCUUUCCCGACAAGGUGUGGUUCAAGCACUUCAAGAGUCGCUAUAACUUCACCUUCUCGGUGGGUGUUCCGGUGACCAAUCGCCGAGUUCCGCUCUCCCUGGACCUCCGCGACAUAGUGAGUUACUGUAGCAGGAAUGAACACAAGAUAACCCUGGCCCACAAGAAGACACAGGAGCAGCUGAGAGCUGGCUUUGUCCACUUUCCACGGGUGGAACCAAAGACCGAGGAGUCGGAGCCAGAAGAUGAUGACGAUUGUGUGGCCAUCGAGGUGCCACCUGAACUCAUAGAAAUUAAUGACGAUGAGGAUAAUGAGGACGAUGAUAGAAAUGCCGACUCCCCGGCGAGGGCCACCAAACGAAAGUUGGGGGAGGAUGAAGAGCCCGCGCCCUGUGGGCUGAAAAUUCAAAAGAUUCAAUCGCUCAGUGAGACAUUUUCUGGGGAGACGGAACUUCCACCGGCUAAUAGUCCCGGUCAUUAUUCAGAGACCAGCGAUGAGGCCCAUCUGCCACGUUGCGUGGAGAGCUACAAGGAUGCACUGCGUCUCCUCAAGCCCCUGGAGGAGUUCGCCCUGAUGGAGGAGAACUACCGAGCCAUCGGCCUGCUCACCCAGCUGGAGAAGAUCUUCGAGACUGGGGCGAAGAAGAAUGGGGAACAAAACAAAUCCCUGGAAUAGGAACCCAACCAAAUACUUGUGCCUUAAGUCCUAAAACUUGAAAAGUAUUUACAUAUGUUAAGCUUUGAUAUAAAGUUUGGAAGGUUUGCUUUAUACAACACAGUAAAGAGGUCGUUUAAAUAAUAUGUUACUUCUUUAAAUUAAACAUGUUAAUUUACUCAGAAUGUUUACCAUGUUUUUAGUUAAAAUACAAAUGAAUUCCUUUAUAUUAAGAAAUUUAAUUUACUGCGAGUCUCAUAGGUU